UUUUACUCGAAUGGAGCGUUUGGUGAAGUAAAACUAGUGGUUGACCCUCGGAAUCCCAUGUGCUGCGUGGCAUUGAAGUGCAUAGAUUUGAGGAAGUUCCAGAACAAUAGCGAAGCAUAUUUACAACGACUUCUUUCCUCGAAAGAGUGCGAUAACAUGAUUCGCUACAUUGGAAUGCGUUUAAACGAACUUCAAAUAUAUUUGGAAUAUGCAGACGGUGGAGAGCUCUUUGAUCAAAUAGAGCCUGACGUUGGAAUGCCACCUGUAAAGGCGCAGUUCUAUUUCCGUCAAUUGCUCAAUGGUCUAAAGCACAUUCACAGCAUGGGUGUAGUACAUAGAGACAUCAAGCCCGAAAACCUACUCCUUACCGGUCAAGAUGUUCUGAAAAUAUCAGACUUUGGCAUGGCUACUGUCUUCCGACAUAGUGAUCGGGAGAGGAUGCUGAACGCUACAUGCGGUACCCUACCAUACGCUUCCCCACAAGUUAUAAAGGGGCUGUACAAAGCAGAACCUGUGGAUAUUUGGUCGUCUGGCGUAGUUCUCGUGGCCAUGCUAGCUGGUGAGCUUCCCUGGGAUUCAGCGUCCAGGCAUUAUUUCUUUUCACUAUCUCUAUUAAUAACCUCUUUUUCAGCAUUAAUUCGUGCUAUUCUAACGGAGAACGAGAACACUCGCGCUACUUUGCAGCGAAUCAUGGAGCAUCCAUGGACUAAUGCGAACUUUGGUAAGUAUUGUCUUCAAGAAAUUCCAACUAUGAGUUUAGAACUUCAUAUACUCGUUUUAAAUAUCGUCAUUCAGGCGCUACUAAGGAGAGCUCAGUUAGUGUCCCAGCUAUCAAAAGAAAACGGUUAUCUGCCGAUAGGAGCGAGUGGUUAG